GGCUGGCUGAUACCGUUAGUCACGUCAGGAAUCUGCAGCGAUAGAGAGAGAGAGAGAGAUGCUGAGGUGACAGGGAGAGAGAAGGAGAAAAGGGACGAUUAAAUCAAACUCAUUAUGUCACUGCUGAAUUCACAUGUCUGUUUGUAAACCUCAGCUGCAGAAUCAACGUUGCAUGCAUAACGCGCCCGCUAUUGAAUUCCACUCAAUGUCUCAACAUUCCAUCAAGACAAACAUAGAGGAUUAUUUGUAACCACACCCGGCUCCUUUCGGAUCAAGGAUUGGAGCGGUCAAGGUCUCUACAGGGACCUGAUGCCCGGCUCAAUCUAAUACGGCUGGUGGUAGUUAGCAGGAGUGGUAGCAGAGGAAGAACCACAGUGAGCAGCAGUCUGGCGGGAUGAGUGCUGCAGCGACGGACCAAGCUGACAUCCUCACUGUGCUUGUCCUGGUCAAGGAACGAUGGAAAGUGACAAAGAAGAUAGGCGGUGGUGGCUUUGGGGAGAUCUACGAGGCGUUGGACCUGCUGACCAGGGUCAGUGUUGCUCUGAAGGUGGAGUCAGCACAGCAGCCUAAACAGGUCCUCAAGAUGGAGGUGGCUGUCCUCAAGAAACUCCAGGGUAAAGAACACGUGUGUCGCUUUGUUGGAUGCGGCCGCAAUGACCGCUUCAACUAUGUGGUGAUGGAGCUUCAGGGGCGUAACCUGGCAGAGCUGAGGCGCAGUAUGACGCGGGGCACGUUUACAGUCAGCACCACCCUGAGACUGGGACGACAGACACUAGAAGCUAUAGAGAGCAUCCACUCUGUUGGCUUCCUGCACAGAGACAUCAAACCGUCCAACUUUGCCAUGGGUCGGUUCCCCAGUACCUGUAGGACCUGCUACAUGCUGGACUUUGGCCUGGCACGCCAGUUCAACUCCUGCCAAGAGGUCCGACCGGAGCAUGUAGGGAAGCUGAAGGACAGCUAUGACCACAGGCUCAUGCUGAAACACUUGCCAGCUGAGUUCACUGUCUUCCUGGAUCACAUCUCUAACCUGGACUACUUCACCAAACCAGACUAUCAGCUGCUGUUGUCAGUGUUUGACAACAGUAUGAAGACCUACAACGUGGUGGAGAAUGACCCGUAUGACUGGGAGAGGACUGGGUCUGAUGGUACUCUGACCAUCAACGCCACAGCCACCACACCACAGCACCACACACGACUCACCCCAGCACACAUGGGCAUGGCCAAUGCAUCCCUGAUCCCUGGGGACCUGGCGAGGGAGAACACAGACGAUGUUCUGCAGGACGAGCAGCUUAGUGACAACGGGGAGAACAACCCUCCUCCAGACCGCCGCCCCGGAUCCCCCAGCAUGCCCCGGGCCAACCAGGAAGCUGACGUCUGGGAGGAGCUGGACCGUAACCGCAUCAGGACCGCUGUGUGGAAGGCAGCAACAGAGGAGGAGCACAGCAACAACCAGGGGGGUCUCCAGAGCCCGUAUGCCAACCUCAGCCUGGGCUCCCCUGUCCGGGUACACUCUGAGAUGGUGGGGGUGUCAGGACAGSAUGGUGGUAGUCCUCUCCUCAGGAAGCUCCGUAACAUCCACAGCUUUGAGCUGGACAGGAGGCUGACCCUGGAGACCAAGCCCAGUCCUGAACGGUUCAUGGAGGCGUGCUCAGGGAAUCAGCAGGAGGGCUGUGGGCAGCAGCAGGAGAAGGGCCUGGCUGUACCCACUGGAGGUCCCACAGGACCAGGGCGUGGUGGCACUGACCGAGUCUGGCACAACGACGAGGAGUUCCUAUCCGGUGGCGGUGCCAGCGGCUCACCCAAACCCGUCUCCCCUCACUCCCACAGGUCACUGGAACAGGGCGAGGGGGCCCCCAGCAGCGGAGGCUUCGUGGCCCUCAACCUGAGCUCCGGCCAGGGGAAGGUGGACUCCAGGGAGUGUGUGAUGAUGGAGAGGCCCAGCGGGUUCCCAGGGACAGGAAUGGGGGAUAGAACUACGACCAGCCCCUCCAAGGAGGAAGAAGAGGAGCUGGAGUUGCUGGAGGUACCCCUGGGGGCAGGAGAGGGGUCCACGGUGAACCCCAGCCCUGGUCAGGUCCAUGGGGACAGGGAUGGGGAUCUCCAGGGGCAACCAGGCGCCAGCAGACAACCCCCCAGGGUGGACAGGCUGGAGCUGAGUGUGGGACCUACGGGAAGCCUGCCCCCCGUCACCCCCUCUAGCCCUGCUGAUGCCCUGGCUGAGGGAGCACUCACACAGCUCCCUACCUCUCCUCCAUCUCUGCCUGAGGAGGUGUUGGCCAGGAUGUCCAGUCCCCUGCUCCUGCGUUCCCCAAGCCCGCACACCCAGACCCUCCUCACCACCCUGUCGGACCCCCUGCACCAGAGGGACCCCCCUGGGAUGAGUCGCAGCUACUCAGCCGACCACCACCACCAGUACCUCCUCCAUCCCACCUCCUCUUCCUCCUACCACGCCUCCCUACCGCCACCUCCUCACCCCGGCCUCGGUUCCGCCCGUAACCAAUCACCCUCCGGGCGCAGGAAACUGCCCGCUAUCCCGGCGGGCGCCGCCAGCAGCAAGUUCCCUUCCGUUAUACGCAUCACACGCGCCCAACUCCAGCAGCUGACAGCUCAGCAGUCCCAGUCUGGCUCAGACUGUGCUCCACAGUGCCUACAACUGGAGAGACGAGGAGAUGCCACAGCUGAGGCCCAGCAGCCCCAGGAUAAUACUGCUACCACUGACAUCUACAUCCUGCCCACCCCUAGCCAGCCUGGCAGCCCCACCAGCCUGGAUGACCUCCUGGCAGAUACCCUGAUCAACGGAGGAGACACCCAGACCUACACCAAAGCCCACAGCCCUGUGCCAAGCCGAGCGUCCUCUCCUCGCUCCCCCCGUUCUCCCCGCUCCCCCCGUUCUCCUCGCUCCCCCCGUUCUCCUCGCUCCCCCCGUUCUCCUCGCUCCCCCCGUUCUCCUCAUUCUCCACUAUACACCCCCCGUUCUCCUCAUUCUCCACGUUCUAAUUCCCCUCACUCCCCCCGUUCUCCUCAUUCUCCACGUUCUAAUUCCCCUCGCUCCCCCCGUUCUCCUCAUUCUCCACAUUCUAAUUCCCCUCGCUCCCCCCACAGCCCACUGUUAGGCCUAGUAAACGGCCAUCUCUCGUCCCCAGCUAACGGCCAGGGAGACGGCAGUGGCAGUGGAGCCUUCCCAGAGCUCAAAGACCCUGAGAGUGACCAACCCCAGCCUGACAGGGGAGAUGGGGUGGAGACCACUGACCAAACCCCAGCUCUGACCACCCCAUCUCCGCCACCCAGCCCCCGUAAGGACCCCUCCCGCAGGCUGAGCCGUAUCCCCGUCCUGCUGGACCUUCUCCCCACCCCUGGCUCUGCCAUGGAGAAGCUGCUCCAGAAGAAAGCCCCCCACCACCAGGGAGGAGGCCACCACCCAGCCCCUUCUCUCUCUAUCUCCCACCGCGGCCCCGCCGUGGCCUCGCUCCCCCACGGGGACCAGCUAUCCUCCGCCUCAGACCGCUCUGAGAAGGCCGAUGAGUCGUUCCUGGGCUCGCGCUCUGACUGCCAGGGGGAUGACGCCCCCUCCCUCUCCUCCUCUUCCAGCCCCCUGUUCCGUAAGAGCAAGAUCCCACGCCCUUUUAACCCUGCUAACCCGGCCCCAGAGCAGGAGAGUGCUGCACAGUACCUUCCACGCCCACCCCCGGGGAGACCACCCAGUCGGCUUGCAGCGGAGGGCAGACUGAAGCGUUAUCGGAUCCGAACGGGCAGCACAAGCAACUCAGACCUCCUGACCUGUCUGUCCCAGCUGAUGCACCAUGGUCAGGGUGGUGGUUCUGCCCGCGGUUCCCCCCACCACGGCCACUCCUCUGCCCAGCUUGUAGGCUCCCGGAUGGGCAUGUGUAGCCUGACCAGCUCCCCCCACCAACAUCACCACCGGAGCUCCAGUGCCUCCCCACGCAGCUGUUCCUCUCUACAGCGCUCUGUCUCCUCCUCCCCCUCUCGCCACGAACACCGCGGGGGAGAGCGAGGCAGAGGGGUUUGUUUCGGUCGCUCCUGUUCUCCUCCCAGCCUCUCUGGGUCCCCCCCUCCUCCCCGGCGCUCCUACCCCCACCACCAGGAGAAAUGCUGCGGCCGCCAGGCCCGCACCGGUUCCCACCACCACCACGCCCUCAAGUGGAAAGCCUGCAGCCGCGAGGAGAGAGAGAGGAAGUGCUCCAGCAAGCUGAGCAGCAGAUAGUGGGUCACUGCUCUGGCCCUGGUCCUAGCCUGACCCAUACAAACCUCUGGGCCCGUUUAUUCAUGUGUCUCAGAGUAGGACUGCUGAUCUAGGAUCAGUUUGGCCUUUUAGGUAAUCCCACCCUCUGUGUCGUUGCCACAGCAGAGGGUGGGAUCAGGAUGUUGAUGCAGACCAAACGAUCCUGCUCUGGAUCAAUGAAGACCCAAGGCUUCUGUCAGAGCAUACUGAACAUAGUGUCCCCCCCUCUCCUCCCCUGUUCUCUCUCUCUCUCGUUCACUUGUAAUCCUUCACACUUUCUUCUCUAAUUCCUACCAUUUGGUCAUUGUUUAGUCACUAUUUCAUAUGCCCACUUUAAUAGUUGAUACCUAAUGCGAAAAGGAUCUCUGUGCAUUAUGCUGUGCUGUAUAAGAUGUUGGUGUUCUUACUUGUGGGGUGUUUCCCCUCAUAUCAUCAGGGAAGUGAACACACUUAGCCCUCAUUCAGAAUACCCUAGGUCAGUCAGUGGAUGAGCACUCAUUUAUUCAUCACUAACCAAUUUAAUAUAGACUCAGUCUAUUCUGUUUCCUCUGUACUGACCUGGGGAGUGCAAGGUAUAGCAGGUCUACAUUUAUGGCCAUGAAGCUCCAGAGAAAUGUACACUAUCUACAGAACCUAUUUAUUUACAUCUUGACACACUUGUCACACCAGGUACACACGAACUGAUGACAUCAUCGAUUGAUGUGUCCUCGCUCUUUCUCUCUCUCUGACUUCAGGUGUACAGUGAGUGUCGUUUAUUUCAAAGGCAUUUAAAGCAAUCAAUUGAUCAAUGAUAGAAGUGAUCAGUCUUUUGAGAAGGAAGUGAUCCUUCCUUUAAUACAAUCAUAUAAAAUGUGUGUGUGCUCACACACGUACUUGUGCCUAAUGUGUUGACUGAUCUGGGGAAUCUAAAUGGCCAACUAAAUGUGUGAUUGAACACUAGUCACUGGGCCAUGAUUCCCUUUGUAUGCCCCUCUUCAGAAUGGAAUCUGACUUUGUGUCCCAAUUCUCUACCCUUCUGCCCUGGACUUCAUAGGAAAUUAAUGGUGUAAGAGAUAUGAUGGCAACCCUCCCUAACCUUGCCCAUGCUUACAACCAUCCAAUUAAUUUAAAUAUAUGGAUGG